CAAGCAGGAUGGGAGAUGGGGCUGAUGAGAGAUGGAGUCCAACACCGCCACAGGCCCCAGGUCCCUCUCCACGUGGCAGCGAGGCUUCGCGCCGGCAGGUAUGCAGGUGCGCCGACUCUUCUUGCACCUGUGCGCUCGCUCUCUUCCGAUCUCCCCUCGGGUAUGCGAAAAAUCCAUUACUUGUUUGACAAUGGGAAGGAGAUGGCAGAGGAAUAUGACCUGAAGACAAACCAGCUGCUUUUGAGGAAAUGGAGAGAGAAGAAUGCCUUGGGUGCUAGUGGCGCUUGGCAGGUUGAGGUGGGAGAGCCAAACUUGCUGGCAUCAGGACCUCUGGAUCGUGAGCUCAUUAAGGAGAGCAGUACUAAUCCUAUCUUUAUGCGCAAAGACACUAAGAACAGCUUCCAGUGGCGGAUCCGGAACUUGCCCUAUCCUAAAGAUGUCUAUCGUGUUUCAGUGGAGAAGGAUGAGCGCUGCUGUGUGGUCCGUACAACAAAUAAGAAAUAUUACAAGAAAUUCUCCGUUCCUGACUUAGACAGAUUCCAACUGCCCUUGGAUAGUACUGCUCUGAGCUUUACUCAUGCCAACAACACAUUAAUAAUCACGUACCUGAAGCCAGCAGAGAUUCUGGCUGCAGAGGAGGAGCUGCAAAAGGAGCUAAAGAAGAUCAAGGCAGCUAAUAAUGGAGAUGGGGAAUGCAAGACACAGUAGCCAGCAGUUGCAGAAUGUCAUCUGUAUAUAUUUUACUACUUUUAUUUAAUAAAGGAGAUGAUUGGAGACAAA